AAACUUCGAGCAUUGGGUUCUAUUUGUUUCCUCCAACUGUUGACAACAGGAAACACACAAGAGGCUACACUUGCUGACUUUUAGAGAGAGUACAGUAAAGGACUUCAAUUAAAUCUCUUGGGAAUGGAUCCUGUGUGAAAGCAAGAAGCUAUUGUGAUAAACAUGGCGUCUCACAGCUCCAAGAGGUGUGCGACUGUGAAGAAAAAGUUUGUUCCUAAGACAAAGCCACCUGAACCUGUGGUAGAAUACGUUACACCUGGGGGCUAUGAGCUGGAGAAGAUCCUUAACCGUGACUGCAUGGAGUACACUCACAUCAACCAGGUCUGGCCCAACGUCUGGAUUGGAGAUGAAGAGAGUGCCAAAGACAAAUACAACCUGAAGAAAUUGGGCAUGACCCACAUCCUGAAUGCAGCAGAGGGGACGUGGAAUAAUGUGGACACGGGAGCGGAGUACUAUAGCGACAUGGACAUGGUCUACUAUGGGGUCGUGGCGGAGGAUACUCCAACCUUUGACCUUAGCCAGUACUUCUUUUCUGCAGCCCAGUUCAUCGACCAAACACUCAACAUACCCGAAAAUAAGCUGCUGGUGCACUGUGUGAUGGGGAGAAGUCGGUCAGCCACCCUGUUCCUGGCAUACCUGAUGAUCUGUAAGAACAUGACGGUGGUGGACGCCGUGGACCACGUGAAGCGACGCAGGCGUAUCAUCCCCAACUGGGGCUUCCUGAAACAGCUCAGGCAGCUGGACACUUACCUCUUAGGACAGAGGGACGAAGUGACGACUGUCAAGGGAAAAGGACAAGAAAAGGACAAGGAAAGAGAGGGGGAUGAAUUGAAGGAUCAAAUGUGAUCGAUGCACCCU